UCUUGCCAUCCCAUACCAGUGUCACCGUGGCGCUCCUAGGCCUGGGCCAGACAUCAGCAGUUUGGGGCACAGAGCAGCAGGGACUCCCGCAGGAAGGGAGCCGCCCUCCCGCAUGACAUCCCAGCGGGCCAGCGAUUAAACACAGCCCGAGUCACAGGUGCUGUAGGCUGAUCUUCAACUCGCAUUGAAGGUCAAAGUAAUUUCAGCAUGGGGCAGAGCCUGGCUCUGCAGCAAGUAUCAUUAAUCGUCCUUGCAAUACAGUCGUGGUGUCCAAGGGCACGGCCCCAAGUUUUGCAGCAGUUGCUGUUUGGGUUGAAUUCAAGUCCUAACAGUGACAUGCACCAUUUCCAUUGCAGUUUCAUCUCCUCAGAGAUUUUUACAUGCUUUAAUUAGGAUUUUAACGGCUUUCUUUGAGGUGCCAAGAGGCAAGGACCACAAGUGACAAAUGACUGUCGGCUGUUCCUGUUUCUAUUUUGGGCAGGGAGAGAACCAGGCUUUAAAGCAACAGAAAAGCAGCUUAUGGUGCCUAAGGCUGCACCCAGCGACGGAGAGGCGACAGAAAUGGAGAAUGGCACCGCAGGCAAAGCACCGUGCCCUCUCGUGGAAAACUAUAAAUAUAUCCUGCUCCCCCUUACUUACAGCUCUGUCUUCGUGCUGGGGCUGCUCCUCAAUGGGGCAAUGCUGUGGCUCAGCUGCUGCCGUGCAAAGGAGUGGACCUGCACCACCGUCUACCUGGUGAACCUGGCCAUAGCGGACCUGCUGUACCUCUGCUCUUUGCCCUUGCUCAUUAUCAACUACAUCCUGCAAGACACGUGGCCUUUCGGAGAGCUGCUCUGCAAGCUGGUACGCUUCUUGUUCUAUGCCAACCUGUACGGCAGCAUCCUGCUGCUGACUUGCAUCAGCGUCCACCGCUUCCUAGGCGUUUGCUACCCGAUUCGCUCGCUGCCCUACCGGACCCGGCGCCUGGCUGCCGUUGGCACAGCGGCAUCCUGGGCUCUGGUGUUCCUACAGCUCUUGCCCACCUUCAUCUAUGCUCGCACUGGCGUCAUCAACAACCACACCGUCUGCUAUGACAUGACAAGCCCCGAGAACCUCCACAGCUACUACCCCUAUGGCAUGGCUUUAACGGCAUCUGGCUUCCUCUUUCCUUUUCUCAUCAUUUUAGUCUGCUAUUGCUUGAUGAUCAAAAGCCUGAUCCAGGCAACUGGAGACACCAACCCCACUGGAAGCACUGCCCGAGCCAAGUCAAUUCGAACCAUUCUCCUGGUGUGUGGGCUUUUUGCUGUCUGCUUACUUCCCUUCCAUAUCACCCGGACCAUUUACCUCUUCAUCCGGGUGUACCGGGUAACUGACUGCCAACUUUUUCAACGCUGGAGCUUAUUCUACAAGAUCUGGAGGCCUCUGGUGAGCCUGAAUAGUUGUGUCAACCCCCUCCUCUACUUUCUUUCUGGUCAAACCAACAGAGCCAGGCUCAUUUUGGAGCUGAGACUGCACAAGACAGACCCUCUUGCUAGGCCUGCUGGGAAUGCAAAGGGGACAGAUGCCCAAAGACAGCUUCCCCUGUGCUGAGAAAGCAAAUCCUCAAGAAAGAGAUCCCCGCUAACUUUACGACACUGCAGACUGGUUCCACUUUACAGAGUAUAUGACUUGGAGAAAAGCCAUACAACUCACCUGCUCAAUGAAAGGGAUACUGUGUAACUGCAAUUUCCCUAGCUAAGACAAACUUCGGUGAGGACAAGUUUGGGGAAGAACAAAAGGAAAUAUAUUUAUGAAGGAAUAAUGGACAAGUUGCCAUAAUUUCCUGAAUAAUUUCCUGUGAAUAAUAAAUAAAGCUGAAAUGCACCCUUUCCAAAAGAUACAUCUACUGCUUCUAACUAUAAAGAGGACCGUGAACACAAAUGAUGGUGAACAACCAAGGAAGAUGCACCAUCACAGAGGUAAGCAGUCACCUACAGUCAUUAGUUCAGUACCAAACUUUUAAAAUGCUAUGAGUGUUCUUUAAAAAGCUAACUCAAGGAUGACAAUUGCUUUCACCCCCUUUAUUUCCUUAGCUGGGUCUGUCACAUCAGCAUCUUAACUGAAAGGAGCUACCUUACUGCUGCUAAUCAGGACGAACAGCCCUAAAUGCGCUACGAAAAGAGGUCUUUGCCUUACAUAUCACGUUCCAGAAAAUGUAACAACUGAAGUUAUUCUCCCAGGCAUCUUCAGACACAGCUUAGCUGUCCUGCAAAUCAUAACAGCAGCAGGAGCCAAUAUUUCUGGGCAGUUCACUAGCCAAGUAGUUCGGGUUUGCCUAUCCUAAGACACUUAGAAACAUGAACAUUGUUCAUAUGAUCCCCUCUCAACCUAC